CUCGCAUCGCCACCGUUGGUAGUAGCCCUUGGAGAGCUAUUACCUGCGCUCUGCCAACAUGUCUGAAGAAAAAUGUUCCCUUACUGGAGGCGAAGAGAAAGGAGAGGAGCUGGCCAGAAGCCUGGCGUGGCAGCACCUGGUGAAGCAGGCGGAAGAAGACGAUGAUGAUGACGAAGAGGCACUGAAGAAGGAAGAGGAGGAGGAAGAGGAGGAGGAGGAAGAUGAAGAGGAAGAAGAGGAAGGCCCGGAUAGUAGCUCGGAUGACCUGAGCCCCGAGGCCCCCUGCAUGCACCCAGACCUCCUGGAGCUGGCGGUGGACCGAGAGAAGUGCCGCAGCAUCCGCAGGCAGUACCGGCAGCUCAUCUACACCGUGCAGCAGAACCGCGAGGACAUCGUGAACACGGCCAGCGACUCGCUGACGGAGGCCCUGGAGGAAGCCAAUGUGCUGUUUGACGGGGUGAGCCGAACCAGAGAGGCAGCCCUCGACGCCCAGUUUCUGGUUUUGGCUUCUGAUCUGGGUAAAGAAAAAGCAAAGCAGCUAAACUCGGAUAUGAGCUUUUUUAAUCACGUGGCCUUCUGUGAGUUGCUGUUGGUGUUUGUGGGCCUCAACUGGAUGGAGGAGGAGUGUGAGGAAUUGAGCGAGUGCGAUGAAAGCAUAGCGCUUUCCUUCUGGAACAUGCUGCACAAGGAAGCGACGGCCUGGAUGCUGCAAGCCGAAACGUUCCAUUUCAUUUUUGGUUCAUUUAAGGCAGAACGUUCUGCACGAAAGCCCCGGCAGGAACAUCACAAACGAGCUUGCAAAAUGGAAGGAAAUGGGGAUAUGCCUACAAAGUUGAGGAAGCUGGAUGUGCAUGCUAAUCAGGAGACGACAGAAAAAGAAGUGGAGAGAAUCUUGGGAUUGCUGCAAACCUACUUUCAAAAGUACCCCGAUACUCCAGUGUCGUAUUUUGAAUUUGUGAUCGAUCCAAACUCAUUCUCUCGCACCGUGGAGAAUAUCUUCUACGUUUCUUUUAUUAUUAGGGAUGGCUUUGCAAGAAUAAGGCUUGACCAAGACAGACUGCCAAUUCUCGAGCCAACCAAUGUUAACCAGGUGGAUGAAGAAAAUGACUCGUGUUCUUACUGCAGGAAACAAGGAGUUAUAUCUUUGAGUUUACAGGACUGGAAGAAUAUUGUCUCCACUUUUGAAAUUUCAGAGGCUAUGAUCAAAAAUUCAUACUAAAGAGUUUUAGUCAAUAGUGUAUGACUCCAUCUUGAUCUAAAUCUCGAGAUGGGAUCUAAAAAGAAGCACACAUUCUAGUAAACUAUUUUCAGGAACAAAUGAAA